CGAGCCAGACCUGACGCCGUGGCUGCGAGGAGACGCAGCCGCUAUCGGCGGGAGGAGUGAUGCCCUGCCCCGCCUGGCUGGCGGGCGUGCGGCGGCAGCAGCCCCGGGCGCAACGCAAGAAACAUGUCUCAGGACUUGUGGUACGGAUUUUGAAGGUCACUGAUGCACUUCUGCAAACCAGUUAUUGCUCAGAUCCAGUUAAUGUUGUGUACAUGAGACCAUUAAAAUGGAUUUUUUUGUUUCUCGUCAUACUUUCUGUCACAGCAGUGUGGUACGUGGCUUUUUCUUCCAACACUGUGAUUAAGCAUACAAACCUCAUGUAUUUCUAUGAAUAUGAACCAAUUUACAAGCAACAUUACCUCUUCACGUUGCGGGAGCGCUUGAAAUGCAAAGACAUAAAUCCAUUUCUGGUCAUCUUGGUGUCUUCACGUCCCGAGGACGUGAUGUCAAGGCAGGCCAUCAGGAUGACGUGGGGGUCUCAAAGCUUCUGGUGGGGACAUCGAAUUCUAACCCUGUUCUUACUAGGUCAAGAUUCUCAAAGAGAAAACAAUGCUGCAGCCCUGUCAGUAGAAGACGAAAGCAUCCUCUAUGGUGACAUAAUUCGCCAGGACUUUAUGGACACUUACAACAAUCUUACCUUGAAAACAAUCAUGGCAUUUCAGUGGGUCACUGAGUUCUGUUCAAACACUAGGUUCCUCAUGAAGACCGAUACUGAUGUCUUCAUCAACACUGCUAACUUGAUAAAAUUUCUUCUGAAGCUAAAUUCGUCAGAAAAUAUUUUUACUGGUUAUCCUCUCAUUGAUAACUUUGCCUACAGAGGCUCUUACCAAAAAACAUACAUCUCGUAUGAUGAAUAUCCAUUCAGGUUGUACCCUCCGUAUUGCAGUGGGAUGGGAUAUAUCCUAGAUGGAAAACUGGCCCUGAGAAUUUAUGAACUGAUGAGUCAUAUCAAACCCAUUAAAUUUGAGGAUGUUUAUGUUGGAAUUUGCUUAAAUCUGCUUAAUGUGAACAUCAGUAUUCCAGAAGAUAACCAACAAUUCUUUCUUUAUAAAAUUAAUUUUGAUAUCUGUAAGUAUAGGCAUUUGAUUGCAGUACAUGGCAUUACAUCAAGUGAAAUAAUCAGGUUUUGGCAGGAUUUGUCAUCAAACACUUCAGUUAUUUGUCUUUGAUUCUGUGUGAACACAUGAAGUGAAACGUAUUUAGUGUGAAAACGUCCAGGGCAACACCGAACAAAACCACAGCUGCAGAGAUGGCUUCAACGGAAGAAGGGCUGCACUGCUGGGGCAAAGUGCAGUGACAGCAUUUCUCUAUGACUUUCUGCUACUCUGAAAUAAAGUUAGUAAUUCACAAAGCACUUUUUCAUGUACAUACCCUGUGCAUGCAGGAUACUUUGGAAUACACCAUCCUGACUUCCUCUGGUGCUUCUCCAUGUGAUCAGCUAUAGCUACAGGGGUUCUACCUGAAUCGCCUGGAGUGUAUGAAAUGUCACCAAGGAAUAAUGCUUAUGCUAAGAAACUGGCUUUGGAGAUGCUUCCCAGAUUCCUGCCUGGAUUGCUUUUUUUGGUUUUACAAGUACAUCAUCCUUUGCCACUUUCAAGUACUCAUUCUGUGUCCAUCAUGAAGCUUCUGCUGCCCUUUU